UCCACAGCUUCGGACGCCAUUCUCACCUUUCAGCAUGGGCGCGCCGGACACAUCAUGGGUGUUCGCCGACCUCGCCGUCGCGGACAGCUCCAGGUACAGCACCCGCUCGCGGCUACUGCUCACGGGGCUCUCCUUCGCCAUUGGCAUCGUCACCCUCCUCCUCUACCUCGCCGUCUCCUACGCCUGCAGCCGCCGCCGCCGCCGUUGCCGCCGUCAGCGCGACAGCGGUGCUGGUGCGGACGACCAGGAGGCCGGCAUGGGCGACGCGGCGAUCGUGUACGAGCAGGCCGACACCCUGGCGGCGCCCAUGGACUGCGCGGUGUGCCUCGGGCAGGUGGAGGCCGGCGAGAAGCUGCGUCGGCUCCCCAAGUGCGCGCAUCUGUUCCACGCCGACUGCGUCCACGCCUGGCUGCAAGCGCACUCCACCUGCCCCAUGUGCCGCGCCGCCGCCACUGGCACCACCCCGGCCGCGGCAGCGGUGCUGCCCCCUGGCGUGGUUGCAGUUGCAGGCACGCCGCCUGCCUUGGAACCGAUGGAUUGAAUCACACCGACCGGAGAAUAGCCACAGUGAUGGAUC